AUGACGAAUAAAAGAGAUCAUUCAAACCCAGAUACAGGGCGCGGCUCACCUGCCAAGAAUCCUAGGAAAAAUCAAGCACCCAGUGCUCCGCCGCCGUUGUCGUUGGCCAGCACAUCGUCGUCUGUCGCUUCUCCUCCAGAGGUGGCCCCGGUAGUUGCUCAGGGAUUGAGAAAAACCAAUCACGGUAUCAUUUUUCAAUUGAAGCUUUUGAUGCUCUUCUUGAUACGAGGAAUCCAGGCCGGCUACGCCUUCCACCUGGGCACCGAAAUGGAACGUAUCGGAGGUAAAUUUGAUGAUAUAAUUUUCCGAUAUAAAGUCGAUGGUGGCAAACGCGAAGUUAACAGAUACCUACAAGCAAAACACAAACAAAACGAGUCGACGAAAAUAACGGCAGGGCAGUUGUUCAACGUAACAGAAGGUGAUUUCAGCCUCUUGAAAUACUUCAGCUCUUAUUGCGGCAUACUAUCACGAGGGGAUAACAUCCAGGAUUGCAUUAUAUGCACCAACAUUGGCUUCAACUCGAACAAUCUACUAAAAAACGGAAUUCAAUUGAUACGUGUCAGCACUGAAGAUGAAAUGUUCAAGUUUAGAACACACCCAGUUGCCCGUUACAGAAUCAAAAUCGAUUCAGGUCAUACCUUUUUCGGAAAAUUGCGAGAAGUUAACUUUGAAAAUCCUGCUAAUAGAAAGUUGAAAAGGAAUGCAACCGAUGACGAGAUUGACUGUUUCUUAGACAAGCUCGUCUUUGUCGUCAACAUGCCCAACGAAGUCGAAUUGGGAAAGAUACUUACAGAAGAAGUCGGAAAAUAUUACGAAGUGAACGAAGCAGAUUUCCAAUCGGAUUUCAUUCUUAGAAACAUGUUGGAUUGGUUCAAAAAGAAAGAAUCUAAAUUUUUGACAUCAGAAGAUGGAGAGGAUAUAUUUCAAGAAGGCAAACAAAAAUUAAAUGCUUUACGUACGUCGUCUGUUUCAAUCAAUUACCAAAUGAAACUGCAAGAAACGAUAGAAUUCAAUGCUGUUGCAAUUGAUGAAAUGAAAGAAAAAUUGAAGAUGCUGUUGGAUUCACCAAACAAAAUCGAGCGAAUCAAAACUGCAUUCCCCAAACUCACUGCAGUUAAAGUAAGCGCAGCUCUAAAGAAAAUCGAAAAAUUCUUACCUUUCACAGAUAGCUACUUGAUGUCAUCAUCCAAAGGCUUAAAAACAAAUUUUACAAACGUCAAGGAUGCAUUAAAAUUAGAAACUUGUCAUCAACUUCUCGUUGUCGUUUGCGAAGACGGUCAUUCGGAAAAUGACAGUGACGAAAACUUAAUCGGGGACAAUCAACUAACAAAUAAAAAAGUGAUCAUUUUAUGUGGCAAUGGCAUUGCAACACCAGACGAUCUCAAGUUCACAGACUUAAGUCACAACUGCAUGGAGAAAUUACUUGACAAGCAAGUUUAGUUUCAAGGAACAGUUCAAACUGUUCGUAAUCUAAUUGGAAAAGGUAACGGAGACGAGGUCAUCGACGAUAAUUCCAUAGAGGAAUUGCUAGUAGGUAAGAAAGUUGUCAACAUUCCUUUACAUGAUUUCGUCCCACCAUUUGACGAAGAACUCUACAUCGAAAGAGACAUCAUCUUACCGUUCGACGAUACGUUUUUUGACGAACUAGGAGUUGAAACCUACUGCACCAGAGAUGAUCUGCUGAAAAAGUUGAAGAUCACCGUGCGAAACAACAUCGAAUGGUUCGUCGAAAACGAAGAAAAACAAGAGUUAUGGGAUAAAAUCAAACAAAUUUGGAGGAACAGACGCCAAUCAGCUGACACUGCAUGGCUGGCUAGCAGACUACCCGAAAAAGACUUAACACUGUCAGAAGAGUGGGAGAAUCGGGUAGUCGUUGUAUCGGAUAUUGCUGGAACUGGUAAAUCCACCUUGUUAACGAACUACUACAGAAAAAUGAGAAACGAGAAACCGGAUAACUGGAUUAUCAAGAUGGAUUUAGUUGAUCAUAUUGGAGCCCUGCACCAGUUUAAAUCGGACGAGGUUGAUCAGCAGUUAGAUGCAAUCAAAUUUUUUAUCGCAAAUAUACCUAAUGUGAGAGAGAGUUCCUUUGCCCAGUCUUUGCUGAGGCACAGGUUGAAGACGGGAGAUAGGAUUGUUCUCAUGUUGGACGGAUUUGACGAGAUCGACAGCCAAUGCCAGGCCAAAUGCAUUUCCUUGAUCAAAGCAAUCAGAUUAACGAAAUUUAAUGCACUUUACAUAACUACCCGACCACACUCGAACGAAGCACUCCAAGAUUCGUCGUUCCAGCUUGCCUAUACUUUGAGAGAUUUCAGUCAAGAAGAUCAAAUCAAUUACCUUUCUGGAUAUUGGAAGAGACAAUUGAAAAUGGAUGAGGAUACAAAAGUAAGGUUCAUUGCAACAUCCAUAGUUGAUAGUUUGUCGAAAAGCUUAAAGGGCAAGGAGAGAUCUUUUAUCGGAAUCCCGUUACAGUGCCACAUUGUAGCAGACUGCUUCGAGUCGCAAGUUGACGACAUCAUUCAAAACGGAUGCAAUUUAGAACCACUUCUUCAAGAUAUCGACUCCAGUUUAAACCUGGACACGUUAUACAAGCGACUGUUCAAGAAAAAGCGUGAAAUUUAUCGAGAAGAAAAAGCCAAAGUGCAGCAAGUGGACAAUCACAUUCUUCAUAAUUCUCUAGAAGUUCAAAUGGAAUGUUUAGAGAUUUACCUAAGAUACUUGGCUGUAAAGACAAUCGUCUCCGAUCAGACGCACAUUGAUUGUCUUUUGGGUAAAUCUAUUGAGUCGGCAGCCACAAUCGAACAACAACAUAAAGAACGAGAAGAAGGUAGCGUUUGUUUUGGCUUGUUAACGCUUAACAGGAAAGGUGAAUAUCAAUUUUUGCAUGGAACCUACGCCGAGUACCUGAUGGCCAAUUACCUGUACGGAGGAUUUCGUCUUGAAGAAGAUCUUCGCAACAAGCUGCUGGAUGAAAAACGAACCAGAGAGUUGAUCGGUUCAGAAAUCUUGGUUGGUUUGCAAUACCAAGGUGUACAGCUUUUUAUGGAUUGCAUGCUGCAUGAGAUAGUCAAUCGUAAAGAAUGGCAUCUCAUGUGGCGUGUGCAAACCGAUCCAAGUUCAAAUUCCAAUUUCCCCACUCAAUUCACUGAUUUCACAAAAGAAUUGUAUAGCGUGUGCAUACAAAAACGUAUUAACAAUGCUUUGGCGGUGUCUGUUGAACGAUACCACGCCAACAUAUUUGAAUUGUUAUGCACAUUUGCCGAUUUGACGCUUUCAAAAAAACAAAUUCUACAACUGAUGAUGCCUCUUUUCAGCAACGUGGAUUGGGCAAUGCAAUGGACGCCAGCUAAGCGUAACUUGCUAGCUUUCUUUUUGGAAAGGAAAUUGGAUGGAUUCCAUCGACUUCUUGCUUGGCAUCAAGAAGUCUUUGGCUUUCAAAAAAACGACUAUUACACAAGUCUCAUCGCAAAAGCAAUAUAUGUGUACGCACCGUACCUCAACCUUGAAGACCCCCAAUCAGAAAAGGGGCCAAAAACGCAGAAAGAAUUUUGUUCCCAAUUACUUGAGUUCAUGAUUCAAAACCGGAGCACUGUGGAAAAAUACAUUACACGGUGGCCCAAACAAUAUCGCAGCCUAUUUGCCGACUGGCACCUAGUGCUGAAAUCUUUUCUUCGCUACGAAUACUACGACAGUCUUUUGGAACCGGUCGUGCGACUUGUUUUACAAACAACUGAUGACAGCACGUUAGUGUACGUUGUUGAAGAGACGUUUACAAAUCACAAAGAUGUUUUCGAACGUGCGGCGGUUGAGAGACUGUCUAAUGUCUUAAUAGAAAUGGAAAGAACUGAUAUUUUAGCUCGAUUACCACGGGAAAUGAUCGGUUUGGCACCCGGGCCAUUUCAAUGCGUUUACAAUUAUCACCAACAAUGUGACAGAAGGAUAUGGCUACCUGAAUAUGAUUCGGACGUGAUGACCCAGUUGCAAACAAUGGUGUUUGCAGAUGAGACAACAGCUGUUGAAUGUAUACUUGAAAAAGUCUCUGAAGAUUUGAAUUCCAACGAUCGUGAAACGAAAAAAGUGGCGGAGGAAAUUGUUCAUUACAUGACGUUCAGAUGCGGAACUAAUCCUUACACAUGA